AUGAAAACAACCGCCACCAACACAACCGCCGCAACAACAGCACCAGCACCAUCAUCGCCAGACGAAACAACCCCAAUCGCAACCCUAGUCCCCGUCCUCACCAUCCUCGACAGCUUCAACCACCGCAACAAGAACCAGCACCGCGUAGCCCGCUGGUGGUCCGCCUUUGACCGCCUCCGCCGCGCCGUCCGCCGCCUGCACGACGCCCUCGAAGCCCAAGCCCGUCACCGCCGCGCCCUUAGCUUCAAGUCCUCCUCCUCCUCGUUGAAGAAAAGGUCUAGCAGCAGCAGCGGCGGCAGCAGCAAACCCAUCGUCAGCAGCGCCGAACGUCGUCAGAAUGCGUUGGAUGAAGACGUCGCCGCCAGGGUGCGGAUGCUGCUCGAUUCCACCAUCCCCUCGUCCUUCUCAGCCUUUACACAACUAGCAGCAGACAACCAACACGCCGCUCUGGGCCUGGUACUCCUAGGUCUCUUAGCACGCAUCAACUCGGUCGUCACACUCCUGGCACCUGCACCUGCACCUACUCCUGCUCCUGCUCUUCGGUCCGAAAAGGCCACCCCAGCAAGCGAGUUCACUCCUACCUUUUCAUCAUCAUCGACGAGCAAAAUUGAUGCAGCAGUCGCCGUAGCAGAUGAGAGACGGCAGCAACAAUCCGAUUCAAAGGGUCUCGGCGUGGCCAUCUCUCGGGACCAGCUCAAGCUAGCUGCGAAACCUUUAGAUCACCACCACUCAUCAUCAUCGUCACGGAAUGCUGAUGAGUCGCCAGCUGCUAUCCCUCCAAAGAAGCGCAAGUUGACGACUGGCCCUCCUCUCGAGACCAAAGCUAGCAAGCCAGCAAAGGAGGACAAGCUAGUCAAGAAGAAGAAGAAGUCAAAAAAGACGGACGACUUUGGGGAUUUGUUCAGUUCCCUCAUGUAG